GCACAAGCUUUGAAGCCUUGGUGUCCGAGGUAAAAUCAUUCGUUAUUGUUCUAAAAACAGAACUCAAAAUCUCAAAGCAACAAGAGCAGACAGUUUUAUUUUGAAGAUGGCAAAUAAAGAAGCAGGAGGUUCGAAGCGUGUCUUUGUCAGCGACGUCGACAGCUACUCGUCCAAGAACAUCGCUCAGUUUGUGUGGACGUGCAGAGCUUCAGAGCUCUCUGAGGAUUCUGCUGCUGGACAAACUAACUUCCAUAUUGUAGGAAGUGUUUCUUCUUUCUGUCAGGAGAAAAACUUCGACUUUCUGCUGGAAAAAUACACAUCUCCAAGUGCAGAUGAGCUUCUUGAACACCUGCUGAAAUGUGAUGUCAUCGUGUACAACAUCUCAGAAAAUGUAACGCAACAGCAGAUUGAAGAAGCAACAUGGGCCAUCACAGCACUUCACGCUGAAAUGGAGAACUUCAGUUCCAAGAAAUUGUUCAUCCUCAUCUCCACAGUGAUGACCUGGGUAAAAACCAAGCCACAAGAUCUGGAUGAUGAUGCUGUGCUGACUGAUGAAGACUAUAGAAGAAGAAGACCACAUCCCAAUUUCAAAAACCACAACAAUCUGGAGAAACUUGUCCUUAAACUGGGUCAAGGUAAAAAGUCCAAGCUGAGCGGUUAUGUUGUGGCUGCUGGCCUUCAGUAUGGAAAGGGAGAAAACCUCUUUCACUACUUUUUUAAGGUGUCCUGGUUAAUGGAGCAGACGAAGGUUCCAGUGUUUGGAGAAGGCACAAAUUACAUUCCCAUGAUUCACGUCUAUGACCUUGGAGGAGUGAUCUAUAACAUCAUUGAAGCUCAACCCAAGUCCAAGUACAUUCUUGCUGUGGAUGAGUCCAAUAGCACACUGGAAGAUGUUGUAAAGAUGAUAAGCAGUGUGCUUGGACCAGGACAGAUUUGCAAAGUACCAGAGGAAGAGGCAAAACUCAUGGAGCAUUUAAAGCCUGGAGACCUGGAAUACCUCAGUAUUGACCUGCGCCUCGAUGCUUUUCUUUUAAAAGAAACCUUUGACCUGCACUGGACGUCUCAACAUGGGAUGGUUGAAAACAUGGAAAAAAUUGUGGAAGAAUACAAAGAUACAAGGCAGCUACUUCCGAUUAAAAUCUACCUGACUGGCCCUCCGGCUGUGGGAAAAAGCACCGUUACAGAGAAGCUCUGCCGUCAUUACAGAAUCCACCACAUCAGCAUCAAAGAGGUCAUUGAAGAGAAGAUUUCAGACCUGAAGGAUAUAGUGAAUGCAGCAGAUCCUGAAAAUGUCAGCGAAGAAGUCAUCGAGGCUGCAAUGCAAGAGUUGGACAUGUUGGAGGAAAGCAUAGAGACAAAUGGAGGUCCGCUGUCUGAACAAAUACUUUGUGCCAUUUUGCGAGAAAAGCUGAAUUCAAAGCCGUGUAGCAACCAGGGAUUUGUUCUGGACGGCUUCCCAAAGACGUACCAGCAGGCAAAGCUGAUUUUCUUCGACGAGGAAGCAGAAAACCAGGAUUCAAAGUCUAAAAUUCCAACGUACAACAAGACGAUCGCUCCGGACUACGUUUUUGUCUUACAAGCCUCUGAUGAUUUUCUGAUAAAAAGAGCACAAGAACUUCCACAGCAUGUGGCAGAGAAACGGCGCUGCACCCAGGACGAAUUUGUCCCUCGUCUGAGGAGAUACAGGAAUCACAGCACCGCGGACAUAACGGUGCUCGACUACUUUGAUGAGCUGGAGAUUCACGCGGAACACAUCGACAUCAGUACAGAUGAUCCUGAGUACAGAUGUGCUUUAAAGAUGAUCACCCAGACUGUGGGGACGCCCAAGAACUACGGCUUGACUCCACAGGAGCAGCAGGAGGAGGACAGAAGGCUUGAAGCAGAAAGGAGGCAGGAAGUGGCCACAGAGGAGGCAGAGAGGAGGCGCAGGAAGGAGGCUGAGCUGGCAAGUUCACGGUCUCAGUAUGAAGAAGGGAAGAAGAAUUUGUCAGAGGUGCAGAAAGAGGAGCAGGAGCUGCUGGGAGCUCGCUCACUUCCUGUGAGGAACUACCUGAUGACGCACGUGAUGCCGUCACUUACCAAGGCCAUGGUGGAGUGCUGCAGGAUCAAAGCAGAGGACCCCGCGGACUUUCUGGCUGAAUAUCUUCUACGAAACAACCAAGAAGAUUGAAAAUCAAACCCAUGAAGACCUGAUCCAGCAGUGUUUUUUGUGCAAAAUUACCU